GUGUGAAAAGCUGCCGUAUUUUUUUCUCCCUGUGAAGGGAGGGAACAGCGUCGUCGUGAGGUAGGCGGUGACGGCGGGGGUAAAAUGACUUUCGAGGGGCUCUUGUCCAGGAUUGACAUCUUCUUCCUUGAUUUUUUUCGAUAUUUCCUCCCCGCGGAUUGGUCUAUUCAAAGGGAGAAAAUUCGUCGGGUUGAUGUCAGAAAAGGGGAAGAGGAGACAGACGACGGGUGGAGAGCGAGAGAAGUGGGGAAGGCGAGCAGAGCAACAAAUCAAGUCUGUUUCAUUUCAGCAAUCAGCACCAACCCCCGUCCAAUCGCUGCGGCUGGAUGAUUGGGCAGUGUCAGCCUCGCGUUCGUUCAUUUAAUGUUUCUGGUAGCGGUCAAUGCGGGAUGGUUGGGUGGCGGAUUGGUAUUUUGGGACUCCAUGUACUACUUCCUGUCUUCCUCCACCUUCCCGGAGAAGCAGCAGAGGAAGGGAGGGUGAAAGAAGAAAUGGUCGCAAAGAGGUGGAGGGAAGGAAAGGGUCAAUGCUGCUCGGUGUCCCUCAACCUCAACACGGGCGCCCCUACUUUACUUGCUUGUUCCCGGUGUCCCUAUCACUCUCAGAGGUGGACGAUGGAUCGUCCCUUUCACAUUUCACACACCCUCCGUUGCCAUUUCAAUAUUAUCCUAGUCGCCAGCGUAAGCUCGCCGUAGCUACCUGCUCUGCUACUCGACCGCUGGCACUGGCGCGUUUCUUUAUUGCUUCGUCCCCUUCAUCCGGCAACUCCACUGUCAGCGCCCUAUUCGGCUCAAUCCAUCCCUCUGCUUGGCGUCCUCUCUGCUGCUUGAUUUGCUACCUGUACCUGGUGCUGGGAAUGGAUUCUGCUAUCAGAGGGAUCCUGCAAGUGUGAAAUCUAUAUAUUCUGGACAAAUGGGGCAAAAUAUGUUACAGCCACAAGUGCUCUGCCUGUGCUCCAUUAUCCUCACGUUAUUUUUUACCCUUUUGCAACCGACCGCUGCACAGAUCACUGCACCAUGGGAAGUUGAUGCCCUCAAGGCUAUUAGGGGCAGCUUGAUAGAUCCACACGGAAAUCUUAGCAGCUGGAACCGAGGAGAUCCAUGCAUGGGAAAUUGGUCCCAUGUUAUCUGUUACAAUGCAACAGGCAGUGAUGGAUACUUCCAUGUAAAAGAAUUACAGCUCCUAAGUUUGAAUCUAUCUGGAAUUUUGGCUCCUGAGCUUGGUCAGCUUUCUCAAAUGAAAAUUAUGGAUUUUAUGUGGAAUUCGAUUGGCGGGACCAUACCUAAGGAGGUCGGAAAUAUCACUUCUCUGGAGUUAAUGCUCCUGAAUGGAAACCAAUUGAAUGGCUCUUUACCAGAGGAGAUUGGCUUCCUUCCUAAUCUGAAUCGGAUUCAGAUUGAUCAGAACCAUAUAUCUGGACUUAUACCUAAAUCAUUUGCUAACCUGAAUAAAACCAAGCACUUUCACAUGAACAACAACUCAUUGAGCGGUCAAAUCCCACCUGAGUUAUCCAGAUUACCUUCACUUGUUCACCUAUUAUUGGAUAACAAUAACUUGUCAGGCUACAUUCCUCCAGAACUAUCAAAGUUGCCAAAUGUGCUCAUCAUACAACUGGACAAUAAUAAUUUCUCUGGAAGUACAAUUCCUUCAUCUUAUGGCAACAUCUCAACACUUCUAAAAUUGAGUUUAAGGAACUGCAGCUUGGAAGGACCUGUUCCUGAUGUCAGUGGGAUACCCCAACUUGGCUACUUGGAUGUUAGCUGGAAUCAAUUGAGGGGUCCAAUACCAUCCAUUCAAUUUUCGAGCAACAUAACUACAAUUGAUCUUUCCCACAAUAAUCUUAAUGGUUCCAUUCCAGGAAUUUUCUCUGGCCUUCCUUAUCUCCAAAGACUGUCACUUGACGACAACAAUUUGACUGGUUCUGUUCCAUCUAAUAUCUGGCAAGAUAUUGAUCUAAGAGGAAAUAAAAGUCUUGUACUGGAUUUCCAGAACAAUGCUCUCAACAAUCUGUCAACUCCUCUUUCGCCCCCUCCCAAUGUUACCAUCCUAUUACAUGGAAACCCAGUAUGCAUUGGGCAAAACCAACUGAAUAUUUCUCAGUAUUGUCAGUCAGGAACAUAUGUUGCACGUGGAGGUUCAGCAGAUAACAGUACAGUUUGUCCACCAUGCUCUAGCGACUUUCCUUUUGAAAGAAUACCGAUGUCACCAAUACCAUGCUCAUGUGUCGUUCCAGUUUAUGUGGGUUACCGGCUUAAGAGUCCUGGGUUCUCAAAUUUCAUUCCAUACGAAUCCCAGUUCCAGCAGUACUUAACAUCUGGGCUUUCACUGUCAUCGUACCAAUUAGAAGUUUCUACUUUUAUGUGGGAAGAAGGCCCAAGGCUGAAGAUGGACCUGAAAAUAUUUCCAAAUAACACUCCCUUUUUCACUGUAAGUGAGGUGUUCAGGCUUAAUGGUAUGUUCACAGCUUGGCAGAUUGCAGACUCUGAUAUAUUUGGCCCAUAUGAACUUAUCAGCUUCAACCAAGGGUGGUACAACACAAUAAUACCACAGGGUACAAAGUCUGGUCUGAGUACAGGUGCCAUUGUUGGGGUGGUCAUGGCGGCAUUUGUUGCAGCUGCCAUUCUUUCAUCCCUCGUUACUAUCAUCAUAUUGCGGAGACGCUCAAGACAGUCUUCUUCAAAUAAACGCACCGCGAAAAGAAUUUCAAUGAAAAUUGCUGGUGUAAAAGACUUCACUUUUGAUGAAUUGUCACAUUGUACACAUGACUUUAAUGAUUCAACACUAAUUGGCCAAGGAGGGUAUGGCAAGGUAUACAGAGGUGUGUUGGCUGAUGGAAUAGUAGUAGCAAUAAAGCGAGCACAGCAAGGGUCUCUUCAAGGUUCUAAGGAAUUCUUCACAGAGAUAGAGUUGCUAUCGAGGCUGCAUCACCGUAAUCUAGUCUCUUUGCUCGGUUAUUGUGAUGAAGAUGAUGAACAGAUGCUGGUUUACGAGUAUAUGCCCAAUGGAAAUCUGCGUGAUCAUCUUUCAGCUAGAGCUAAGGUGCCUCUAGAUUUCCCCAUGAGGCUACGGAUCGCGCUGGGAUCGUCACGUGGUAUCCUGUAUUUGCACACGGAAGCAGAUCCUCCAAUAUACCAUCGUGACAUCAAAGCCAGCAAUAUUCUACUGGACUCGAAGUUUGUCGCAAAGGUUGCUGAUUUCGGUCUCUCACGCCUUGCUCCGCUGCCAGAAACAGAGGGGAGUGCCCCUGGUCAUGUCUCCACAGUCGUAAAAGGCACCCCGGGUUAUCUUGACCCAGAGUAUUUUCUCACCCAUAAGCUCACGGACAAGAGCGACGUGUACAGCCUGGGCGUUGUGUUCUUGGAGCUGCUGACUGGGAUGCAGCCAAUCUCUCAUGGAAGGAAUAUUGUCAGAGAGGUUUUGGCAGCCAAUCAGUCAGGGAUGAUAUUCUCGGUGGUGGAUAACCGGAUGGGCUCGUACCCUGCUGAGUGCGUGGAGAAGUUUGCUGCGCUGGCGCUGCGGUGUUGCCAGGACGAGACGGACUCGAGGCCAUCCAUGGUGGAGGUGGUUCGGGAGCUGGACAUGAUAUGGCGCAUGACGCCGGGGACGGAGAACAUUGCAUCGUCAGAGUCUGGCGUCAUGGGGAUGGGCUCCAACAGCACCAGCACACCCACAGCAUCGGGGUCUCGGAUGGAUGAUCACUACAUUUCGUCCAUGGAGGUCUCCGGUAGCAACCUGCUCAGUGGCGUUAUGCCCAGCAUCAAUCCGCGCUGACCUGCUAGUAUAUGUUGCUGUUCUAGCGGUGUGUAUUAUAGUUUGGACUCACCACGACGAGGAUGUAGGCUACUUGUGAGCAACCAAACAUGUAUUCAUUCUCUUAUCGGGUUCAAUUUUAUUGUUGUCACACUUAGACUGUGAAAGUUUCAUUCCUUAGACGGUCUCUAGCAACGUUCUCUAAAUUUCAUCCAUUAAAAAAUAUAUAUAAUUGCACUCUAAAAGAUUACGUCAUUUA